AGCGAUCACGUUCACGACUCGGUUUUGUUAGACUACUGUGACGCAGGUCAAAUCUGGGAUCCUGUAUCCAUAUUUCCACCCGGGGCGGAAGCCUCUAUCAAUCUUACAUCCUUCUUGUACUAUUCCGGCAUAUGGGGAGACUUCCAAUACCCCGACGACCAUCCACGUCAGAAGAUCGUACCCUACUUUGGUCUGAAGCGUUACGUCUCCGGCCCGACGGGUCCGACUACGAAGCAGCUUGUAAGGAAGGGACUCUUUCCAGACCAUCCUGAAAGAAAGAAUCUUUUGGGAUGGAGAGCCUGGGUUUCUGGCAUCGCCUUCAUUGGGUUGUUGGUGUGCAUUGUCCUUGGGAUCAAACGCUCUUUGAAGUGGGCUAGGGCCCGAAAAGAGGGAUAUAAGAAGAUCGGCAACGAGGAAAGCAUUCCGUUGCGGGAACUGGACUAUUUAGAUGACAGAGCUUCGAAUCACCGGGAUUGA